AUGGUAGUGAAGGUCUAUGGCCCAGACUAUGCUUGCCCCAAACGGGUGAUAGUGUGUCUGAUUGAGAAGGAAAUUGAGUUUGAAACAGUGCAUGUUGAUGGCUUUAAGGGAGAGCAUAAGGAAGCUGAAUACCUCAAGUUGCAGCCAUUUGGAUUGCUUCCUGUUGUUCAAGAUGGUGAUUAUAUCCUUUAUGAAUCUCGGGCAAUACUUAGGUACUAUGCAGAAAAGUAUAAAAACCAAGGUACUGAUUUGCUGGGGAAGACAAUAGAAGAAAGGGGUCUUGUGGAGCAAUGGCUGGAAGUUGAAGCCCAUAACUUUAACCCACCAAUCUUCAACUUAGUUAUGCAUAUCCUGGUUAACCCCUUAUUGGGCCUUCCUUCAGACCCAAAAGUUAUUCAGGAGAGUGAAGAGAAGCUGGGGAAGGUGCUUGACAUUUAUGAAGAGAGGCUGUCCAAGACCAAGUACUUGGCUGGUGAUUUCUUCAGCCUUGCUGAUCUUAGUCAUCUCCCAUUUGCUCAUUAUUUGAUGAAUCAAAUGGGAAAAGAGAAUAUGGUAAGAGAAAGGAAGCAUGUGAGUGCUUGGUGGGAUGAUAUUAGCAACAGGCCAUCUUGGAAGAAGGUUCUCCAACUAUACAAAUACCCUAUGUAG